UCAAAUCCAUGAAACAAACGACAAAAAACACCCUCGUCUCUUCCCCUCCUACCUGUCCCUUUUCAACGAACAGAAGGAAGUGCAGAGAGAUCGUCAGUACGAAACCCUAACCCUAGCCUUUCUUCCGUCUUGAACAGACAUCGAUAACCCCGACCGAUGUCGAUUCCGCCGUCGUCCUCGGCCUCCUCUGCUUCGCAAUUCACCUACUCAGCUCCGUCGACGUCCUCGACUCAAACGAACAGUUCGUAUUUCCCUACGCCAUUUCAUCUCCAGCAGCCAUACGUUGUAGCGGCCCCGCCUGCCCCAGCCCCAGCUCCGCCUGCUGUUGGUUCCGUCUACACGGCCCCCGUUGGUCCCGUUUACUCUAUCCCCCAAUUCCAGCAGUUCUCGAGCAGGCUCAGCAGCUGUUCCAGAGAGAUGCACAAACGAUUACGCCGGAAGCACUUGAAGGUGUGAAGGCUGCACUUGCAAGCAGCGAGAGUGAACACAAAGCGGAAACAAAGAAGAGAGCUGUUCCCCGGAAAGCUGCUGGUCAGUCUUGGGAAGAUCCCACUCUGGCAGAGUGGCCUGAGAGUAAGAUCAAGCCCGCCGGUUUUCCUUUCCCGUGCUUGUUGAAGUUGAAUAUGUUACUUGUGCGAGCUGCUAAGUCGUCGUUUUUGCAACUUACAGAUGAUUAUAGGCUAUUUUGUGGCGAUCUGGGUAACGAGGUGAAUGAUGACGUUAUCUCAAAGGCAUUUUCCAGGUUCCCUUCCUUCAACAUGGCCAAGGUCGUGAGAGACAAGCGAACUGGGAAGACAAAGGGCUAUGGAUUUGUGAGCUUUUCUAAUCCUACAGACCUUGCUGCAGCUUUAAAGGAGAUGAAUGGUAAAUAUGUUGGCAAUCGUCCCAUCAAACUACGCAAAAGCAACUGGAAGGAGAGGACAGACUACGAUGCAUUAGGGAGACCCAAGAGCCACCAUCAGAAGAAGCCCAAGGCUCCAAAGAAGAGUGUACUGCACAAGUAAAAACAUUCUGCGUACCCAGCUGUUUAGUGUGUUGAUUUCGAUUCUGCUGGUUAUGUGGCCUCCUAUUGUACAAUUUGUGAAGUAACUUUUGCUAAUUGCAACAAUGCAAGUAAAUAACGGGUUCCUAAGCUGCUCGUUCUCUAUUAGCAUUUGUUGAAAGUUGGCAUUUGUGUUGAAAGUUGAUAAUGACGAGAAAUUAUAUUUUUCUGACAAUGAAUUUUGGUAGUAGAUGGAUGUCACCCUUACUAAAUGUAAUGUAUCGCUGUACAUCAGCCAAACCAAAAUAAAAAGCCCGACAAUGUAACAGGGGCAAUCAAUUGUAUUCUUUUUUUUGAGCAAAACUUUAAAGAAGCAGAAGCAGAUCCU